AUGUCUCUGUGGAAGAAGACUGUCUAUAGGAGUGUGUGCCUGUCCCUGGCCCUGCUUGUGGCCAUAACCGUGUUCCAGCGUAGCCUGACCCCCGGUCAGUUUCUGCAAGGACACUCACCAUCCACCCUGGGAUCACAGAAGGCCCAAAAGCAGAGCGGGCACUUGGUCAAUAGCUUCUGGAAGAACACAAAGGAGGUGGACAUCUCCACCCCCACAACUUCACGGGGCACCCAGUUCUGGGACGUGACCACCACCAACUGCUCAGCCAACGUCAACUUGACCCAGCAGGCAUGGUUCCAGGGCCUAGAGCCGCACUUCCGGCAGUUUGUGCUCUAUCGGCACUGCCGAUACUUCCCAAUGCUGCUCAGCCACCCAGAGAAGUGCAGGGGCAACGUUUAUCUGCUGAUGGUUGUCAAGUCGGUCAUUACACAGCAUGACCGCCGCGAGGCCAUCCGACAGACCUGGGGUCGAGAGCAGGAAGCAGCGGGCAGGGGCCAAGGUGCUGUACGUACCCUCUUCCUGCUGGGUACAGCCUCCAAACAGGAAGAACGGGCCCACUAUCAGCAGCUGUUGGCCUACGAGGACCGUCUCUAUGGUGACAUUCUGCAAUGGGACUUUCUCGACAGCUUCUUCAACCUGACCCUCAAGGAGAUCCACUUCCUCAAGUGGCUUGACAUCUUCUGUCCUAAUGUACCUUUCAUCUUCAAAGGUGAUGAUGAUGUCUUCGUCAACCCAGCCAACCUGCUGGAGUUUCUGGCUGACCGGCAGCCCCAGGAGGACCUGUUCGUGGGUGACAUCUUGCAGAAAGCCCGGCCUAUCCGCAGGAAGGACAACAAAUACUAUAUCCCCAGUGCCCUGUACAGCAAGACCACCUACCCACCUUACGCUGGUGGUGGUGGCUUCCUCAUGGCCGGCGGCCUGGCCCGGCGCCUCUACCACGCAUGCAACACCCUGGAACUCUACCCCAUUGACGACGUCUUCCUGGGCAUGUGUCUGGAAGUCCUGGGUGUGCCGCCUGUGGCCCAUGAGGGCUUCAAGACGUUCGGCAUCUCCCGGAACCGCAACAGCCGCAUGAACAAGGAGCCCUGCUUUUUCCGCUCCAUGCUCGUGGUGCAUAAGCUGUUGCCCACUGAAUUGCUGGCCAUGUGGGGGCUAGUGCAUGGUAACCUCACCUGUUCGCGCAGGCUCCAGGUACUCUGA